AUGAAGCCCAUCAUUCUCUACUCUCACGAAAUCGGCCCCAACCCUUGGAAGGUUGCCCUCAUCCUCGAGGAGCUCUCCCUUCCCUACGAAACCCGUUUCAUCGACUUUACAGCUGUCAAGCAAGAGCCCUACACACUUCUUAAUCCCAAUGGACGUCUUCCGGCUAUUCAAGACCCCAAUACUGGUAUCACACUUUGGGAGUCAGGUGCCAUCAUCGAGUACGUUGUCGAGACGUAUGACAAGAAUCACAAGAUCAGCUUCGACUCUGGCCCGGAGAAGUACCUAGCCAAGCAGUGGCUAUUCUUCCAAGUCUCGGGCCAAGCUCCGUAUUAUGGCCAGGCAGGCUGGUUCAAGAGACACCACCCGGAAAAAGUCCAAAGCGCAAUUGAUCGCUACGUCAAUGAGAUCCUACGCGUCAACGGCGUCAUGGAUAAGGUGCUGAGCACACAGGAUUGGCUUGUCGGAGACAAAUGCUCCUACGCUGAUUUGUCGUUCUUUGCCUGGCAGAGAUGGGUGCCCGAGAUUGUGGAGGGUGACCUCUACGAGCGGUUCCCUCAUGUUGGGGCAUGGUUCAGGAGGAUGGAGGAGAGGCCGGCGGCGCAAAAGGUUGUGGCGGAUCAGGAGCGUGCUAUUGCGUCUAUGGGGCGCGGUGAUUGA